AUGGUUUUGAAAGGUGUAGCAGCGAUGCUGGCUCGAAUAAGCCGAGUGAUAUUUUCCCAUCCAGUAAAACCCAUAUAUCCUUCUCAUCGUGUUCAUGAAAUAGUACACAUCAAUAAAAAUUCUCAAAGUUAUUCAAAACAACCAUUACGUGCAACUCCGACAAGUUCACGUCUUGCUUUUAGUCUUCUCGGCUAUUCACUUAUACCACAAUCAUCAUUUGAUUUUGUUCAUCGUAACGAAACCAUCAAUCAAGUUUGUCAUAUUUUAGAAAAAACUAUCAACGUGGAUCAAUUAAAUGAUGAUAAUGAAAAAUAUAAUCGAGCAUCGCUCGAUGAUUUUGAAUUAGGUCGCUUACUUGGCUACGGUUGUAACGCAGCUGUAUAUGAAGCACGAAUUCGCAUACCGACAGACGGAAUAUCUCGUACAACAAUACCAUCAGAAUUUAUAAUUAAUGAUGAAAACAGCAAUGAAAGCGAUACCGAAAUACUUUCACGUCAAUCAUCGAAUACUUCAUCAAUUUAUGAGGGUGUGCAUGAUAACCUUGACGAUGAAGAGCGCCUGCAUGAGUUAACAUUAAAAGAAGUUCGAUAUCGAGCUGCAACUAACAUGAAUAGAUCAUCAAAUAGUGAAUCUAAUUUAUUACCAGCUGGCGAAUUUAAUUUAGCAAUAAAAAUGUUAUUUAAUUAUGGCACUCAAUCCAACGCUGAAGCCCUUGAGAAAGCUAUGGAUAAAGAGUUAUUGCCACUACGUAAAUGUUCUUAUCAUCCAAACAUUGUUCGAAUGUAUUCAUGUUUUGUUGACUCAUUUCCACUGCUAAAUGAAGCAUAUGUACACUAUCCAAUGGCAAUACCAACAAAUAUAUCGCCAGAUGGUUAUGGAAGAAAUAAAACUUUGUUUAUUGUUAUGCGUCGUUAUGAUUUAACAUUGAGUGAAUACAUUCACUUAAGUAAACCUACUCAUCAUGAACGGUUAUUACUUUUUGCGCAAUUAUUAGAAGCUUUAGUAUAUUUAAAACGUCAUUCAAUUGUUCAUCGAGACGUAAAAAGUGAUAAUCUACUUAUAUGUAGUUCAACUGGUGAACUUGUUCUAGCUGAUUUUGGUUGUGCUUUAUAUCAACCACCUAAUUUAAAACAAUCGUAUACAACUGAUGAAAUUUGUAAAGGUGGAAAUCUUGCACUAAUGGCACCAGAAAUCGUGCUGUGUCAACCUGGCCCAAAAAGUUAUCUCGAUUACAAUAAAGCUGAUCUUUGGGCAAGCGGCACGUUAUGUUAUGAAUUUUUUUCUCUACCAAACCCAUUUUUCCAUGGCUCAUUUCGACAAGAAACCUACAGUGAUCAACAGCUACCGCCACUUCUUCCUCUAGCAUCACCACUUAUCGAACGACUUGUUCAUUCGAUGUUGCGUAAAAAUCCUAAAGAGCGGCCAUCAAUAUCUUGUAUCAGUAAUUGUAUUCAAUUAUGCCUUUGGUUCAAUUCGACAAUAUUAAAAAUGAAUAAAAAUGACUUUUAUCAGACAUAUAUGUGGACAGCAUUAGAAACAUUAUUUAACAAACGAACAUUAUCAAGUGUUGAGCUUAGUUUGAAAAAACUUUUCUGUCAACGUCAAUCAUCUCAAUCAUUGUAUGAAGCACAAUCAUAUCUUAAUCAACUUACAGCAUAA